AUGCCGCUGCUACUGAUUGUGAAGGGCCGCCCCGGCGGUGACAUCGCGACCAAAGAAGUUCCGACGUAUCCCGCUGGACCGGUCUACGCUGUACAGAAGACUGCGUACAUGAACCAGCGUGUCUGGAACAUGUACCUCCGCGAGGUUUUGAAGCCCGAGUUGGAUUGUCCGUCGGUCCUCCUUACCGAUAACCUGAAAUAUCACUUGUCGAAGAAGAGCUACAAGAUCAUGCAGGAUGAGCUUUACUCCGGUGCGUUUCUCCAGCCAUUGUCGGCCAACACGACGAGUGUCCAGCAACCUCUGGAUGUCGGCGUCAUGGGACCUUUCAAGCAGAUGUGCCAUACGGAGUGGAUCAAGGAAGGAAAAGUCGUCACUGCUACAGCGAAGCGUCUUGUUAUGAUCAAGAGGGCGAUUAAGGUGUGGGAUGGCAUGAAGGAAGACACAGCCGCCUCCGAUCUCACGUUGCUCGAGACGAGUCUCGAAGACUUCGGAGAGGCGGCCCGUCAAGGCAUGGACAUGGAUGAAGCCCCAGUAAACCCGAUCAUGGACAAGUUCGUCAACGUUCUUGGACCGGAGGGAAUCCGUUCUCUGACCAACUUCACUGUGUCGGAGAUCGAGUCCCUCUGGUCCAUCGUCGAUGAUGCAUUGAACGCCGCUUGGCUGGAAGGACGUGGCCGGAAGUCGACCACAAGCCCUAAGAACAGACUGUUCAUGACUCUCACGGUCAUGAAGCAAUUUUGUUCAUGGGACAAGCACGCCGCUGACUUUAGUUUCAAGGCACCAACCUUUGAGAAGAUGAUCAUGCGUACUGUGUCGAAGAUUGAGCCUGUUCUGUCCAACAAGUUCAUCGUGUGCCCAUCCAUGGCGACCUUGACUGAGACCGGCUGUCGUUUCACUAACUACCCGUACGCCCUCUAUGCAGUGGACGUGAAGUUCCAGCCAUCGCUUCGUCCAACGGGCCGUUUUUCUGAGCAGAAACACUACUUCAGUGGCAAGCAUCACCUAUAUGGCUACAAGAUUGAAACCGCCGUCUCUCCCGAUGGCCGCUGUGUGGCCAUGUCCGACGCGCAUCCUGGUUCGGUCCACGAUCUGACCAUCAUGCGUACUCGACGUGAUGUGCACAAGGCCAACUUGACGAAGACACCCCGUGAAGCUGCCUUGUCGGACCAUGGGGAGUUGUCGACCGCCUUCCCGACAUAUUGGCCAUGCCUUGUGGACAUGGACUACAUCAGAAUUGCCCAUGAAGUCCGUGGGAUUCAUCCGAAGCGUCGCCCAGCAAACGGCGCUCUCGAUGCCAACGACCAUGAGUGCAAUCGACGCGUUUCGUCCGAUCGUGUUGUCGUGGAAAACUUCUUCGGGCGUGUUUGCUCCCUGUGGAGAAUUUCAAGCACGACGUUUACUUGGGGCGAGAAGAUCUACCUUUCGCUUCAGAAGACUACGUUUGCCUUGACCAACUUCCAUCUGUUAUUGCUGCCCAUGCUCGCAGAGGACGAAAACUACUAUGCCAUGGUUCUGGCCCGCUACCAGCGCAUGGCGAGCGAGAAGAAGCGAAAGCGUGCUGAGACUCAGCACCGUUAUCGAUUGAGGAAAAGCAAUUGUGUAUUUUGCAAAUAA